UUAUUUUUCUAUGGUUGUCAAUUACGGAAAAAAACGUUUGUUAUUGUUUGAAAAAUAAUUAAACCUUACAAGAAAAAUUUGUUUUAAAGUGAUUUUACAGUAGUGAUACACAGUAAUUUGAAGAGAAAAGUGUCAUUUACGUAUCGUGCUUUUAAGAAUCAAAAAAUAUUCGUUUAUCUUAUUUUUUAAGGUUAUUAUUCUACUCAACUGUUAUAUUUUGAAUUUGCAUUGCACAAAGGAUUUCAUUUUCGUUAACAAAAAACUACACGAAGGAAAAGAAAAUUCACAAAAAUGUCAAAGCGAAAAGGAGUAACAUUAGAUGAAAAGCGAUCAAGACUUCUUCAAAUAUUUUAUGAGAAAAGAGAAUUUUUCACUCUCAAGGAAUUGGAGAAAAUUGCUCCCAAGGAAAAAGGAAUUGUCGUUCAAUCUGUUAAAGAUGUAUUACAAAAUUUAGUUGAUGAUGGUCUUGUUCAUUCUGACAAAAUUGGAACAUCUAUUUAUUUUUGGGCAUUUCCUGGAGAAAAGAUCACUUCGUUGGAAAAUCGGAUAGCAGAAGCAAAAAGAAAAAUUGUCGAGGCAGAAUUUAAGAUAAGGAAACUCAAUGAAGAAAUUGAGAAAGAAAAGGCAGGUAAAGAAGACAGUGAGGAGAAACAAAUUCUAUUAAAAGAGAUUGAAGAACUGAAAAGAAGUGAAGCUGAUCUCCUCGGUCUUAUAGAUAAAUUCAAAGACAUUGAUCCCGCAGAAAUUGCUAAAUUAGCCGAACAAUCAGAGUUGUACAAAGAUGCAGCAAACACAUGGACAGACAACAUAUAUGCAAUUCAAAGUUGGUGCAAAAAUAAAUUCGACAUUGAACGCGAAUUUCUCAAUAAACAAUUUAACAUUCCAGAUGAAUUAGAAUAUUUAGAUUAGAUUAAAAAAUACAAGACUGCAAUUAUA